UAUGCCGAAUACAUAUCCCUCUCACACAUUUUACUCGAUCCGUCGUAGUCUCAUUCUGAUCUUUAUCCUUCUAAUCCAGUAUCAAUUCUGAGCUCAGAGUUUGAGUAAAGUGUAAGUUAGCAUAUAGAAAUACAAGAGCCAGAAAAAGAGCACAAUGGUGAUGCUUAAGGUAAUGAUCGAAAAGCUGCUAAUUAAAAAGCGCGAUGUUUACAAGUACAAAAGGUUCAUUGAAGACGAGAAAACGAAUGGCUUGGAGUUACCAGCCGAUGUGAAAAAAGGGCAGUUUGCGGUAUUUGCAACCCAAGGAAAUGAAGCUAAGAGGUUUAUCGUUGAAUUGGAUUGUCUAAAUAAUCCAGCAUUCUUGAAACUGUUAGAGAAAGCUGAACAAGAAUUCGGGUUCGAACAAGGUGGAGUCCUUGCGCUGCCUUGUAAACCAGAUGAGCUCAAGAGAGUUUUAAGUACUAGAGUUAGUAGAAGAAAUUAGUGCUUCUGAUGAUAAUUAAUGGUAAAUUUUAUGUCCAUUAACUAAGAAAUUUGAUGUUAUUAAUUAAUUAUUUUUUCUUGUUUUG